AUGGACAAUUCACCUGAUGGGUCAGUAGAUAUUAUGGGUGAUCCGCCUGAUGGGUCAGUAGAUAUUAUGGAAGAUCCGCCUGAUGGGUCAGUAGAUAUUAUGGAAGAGUCACCUGAUGGGUCAGUAGAUAUUAUUGGUGAUGUUUUCCCUGAUGGGUCAGUAGAUUUUAUUGGUGAUGUGCCUUAUGGGUCAGUAGAUAUUAUGGACAAUUCACCUGAUGGGUCAGUAGAUAUUAUGGGUGAUCCGCCUGAUGGGUCAGUAGAUAUUAUGGAAGAUCCGCCUGAUGGGUCAGUAGAUAUUAUGGAAGAGUCACCUGAUGGGUCAGUAGAUAUUAUUGGUGAUGUUUUCCCUGAUGGGUCAGUAGAUUUUAUUGGUGAUGUGCCUGAUGAGUCAGUAGAUAUUAUAGACGAUUCACCAGAUGGGUCAGUAGAUUUUAUUGGUGAUGUGCCUUAUGGGUCAGUAGAUAUUAUGGACAAUUCACCUGAUGGGUCAGUAGAUAUUACGGGUGCUCCGCCUGAUGGAUCAGUAGAUAUUACAGGUGAUCCGCCUGAUGGGUCAGUAGAUAUUAUUGGUGAUUUUUCCUUGAUGGGUCAGUAG